GCUAAUCAGAGGGAAAUGCAAGUGCCGGGCACUGAUGAUCAGUGCCCUGAUGAUCGGUGCCCAGCAGUGCCACCCGCAAGUUCCGCCCACCUGUGCCCAGCAGUGCGCCCACUAGCUCCGCCCACCUGUGCCCAGCAGAUCACCCACCUGUGCCCAGCAGUGCACCCACCUGUGCCACUCUGCAAUGUCACACACCUGUGCCCAGAAGUGCCACCUACCUGUGCCCAGCAGUGCCACCCACCUGUGCCCACCAGUGCCACCCACCUGUGCCCACCAGUGCCACCCACCUGUGCCCCACCCACCAGUGCCGCCCACCAGUGCCACCCACCAGUGCAGCCCAGCAGUGCUGCCAGUCAGUGCCACCAGUUAGUGCCCAGCGGUUGUGCCAGUCAGUGCCACCAGUCAGUGCCCAGCAGUGAUGCCAGUCAGUGCCGUCUAUCAGUACCCAUCAUCAGUGUCACCUAUCAGUGCCGCCUAUCAGUGCUGCAUAUUAGUGCCGCCUAUCCGUGA